AUGAGGAGUGAAUUGGAGAGUCUUGGAUUGGAAGAUGAUGUGUUUGAAGAUACUGCUCUCGGGAAGGAAAAUACUUGUCGCACUGAAGCAAGUGACCUGUCACCCAUAUCUGAAGAUGAAACUUGUGGUCCCUGUGAAGAAGCGACUGAUCGCCCUUUGAAACUCGAUCAGUCGCCCAUAUCUAGAGAUGACGUAGGUGCUCUCGGUGUCAAAACGACCGGUCACACUGAAGUAAGUGACCAAUCGCCUGUAUCUGAAAAUAAUGACAGUGAUUCUUGUGUGGAUGAGUUCGAUGCAAUACCUCCAUUUGCCCUGCCAGUGCCCCAAUUUACUUUGAAGCAUAAAGUUGAUGGUUCCAUUGACUGUUACAAGGCUAGAUUGGUAGCAAAGGGUUAUACUCAGACCUAUGGAGUGGAUUAUUUGGAGACCCUUGCUCCAGUGGCAAAGCUCAAUACUGUGCGUGUACUAUUGUCCCUAGCUGCUAACCGCGACUGGCCCUUAUUACAAUUCUAUGUCAAAAAUGCAUUUCUAGAUGGUGACCUCAAGGAAGAGAUUUACAUGGAUCUCCCUCCUGGUAUUCCUGUAACCUCUAAGGAGAGUGUUGUGUGUAAGUUGUUGAAGUCUUUAUAUGGAUUGAAGCAGUCUCCAAGAGCGUGGUUUGGGAGCUUUGCAACAUCUAUGAAGAAAUUUGGAGAUGAUCAGGCAAAAAUGCAAAAUCUUCAUAAGUAUCUGGCUUCUGAGUUUGAGAUGAAGUCAUUGGGUGAUUUGAAGUACUUUAUUGGGAUUGAAGUUUCCAGAUCUAAACAUGAGACUGGAAUGUUAGAUUGUAAACCAAUUGAUACCCCUAGUGAACAGAAUCAUAAGUUGGGAUUGUAUCCUGAUCAAGUCCCUACAGAUAAAGAGUGUUAUCAACGACUUGUUGGGAAAUUGAUUUAUUUAUCUCAUACACGUCCUGAUAUUGCAUAUGUAGUGAGUGUAUAUGGUCAUACAGAUGUGGAAGGGUAUACGGAUGCUGAUUGGGUUGGUUCAGUCACUGAUAGACGUUCUACGUCUGGGUAUUUCACAUUUGUUGGUGGUAAUCUUGUUACUUGGAGGAGUAAAAAGCAUAAAGUGGUGUCUAGGUCUAGUGCCAAGGCCGAGUACCGUGGGAUGGCUCAAGGUGUGUGCAAGUUACUAUGGUUGAGAAGAUUGUUGAGAGAUCUUGGGUUUGGACCCCAAAAACCCAUGGAUUUGUAUUGUGAUAAUAAAGCUGCAAUUGCAAUUGCACAUAACCCUGUGCAACAUGAUCGUACAAAGCACGUGGAGGUUGAUUGA